GAAGAACCCCCUCCCCUGGAAAAAAAAUGGCAAAAAAGUCAUUUUUAUUUUGUUAUUUUUUGAGCUCCUUGUAACUUUGCUUUCAAAAGGCAUUUUAUUAAAUAAAAUUUCUUUCAUUGGUGUAUAUACUCCCUCUUGCAGGAAUACUGUUUAAUUUUGAUGUCCAGCUGAUUAAGUCCAAGCUCUUUACCUCUCAGAUUCUCCUGCAAAGAUCUCCAUUCAACCAGCAUUAUUUUCAUCAUCUUUUACAUUUUGUUCAUAGAUCUUUAGCUGGCUCCAGCCCCAAACUUUUUCUCACUGAUUAAAUGAAAUGACCAAUGAGGCUUCAAUCCCACUUAUUCAUCACCGACUCUUAUGUGAAAAAUAUAUUCUUGUAUUGGCCUGUAAUACCCAGUACUGCUCAAGUUAUGCUACAAUUAAGAAACUAUACAACAUGAAGUGAUGAAAACAACCCAAAAAUUUUAACCAAUUUUGAAUGAAUAAGGUAUUUCACAGGAUGAAAAUGCAACCACAUACCAGCGUUACUCAUGAAAGCUGGGUUAAAAGCUAAAUCCCUAUUCUCUUUAAGCUCCCAGCUGAUUCACUUGUUAUUCUCCCUGAGUGAAGCCCUCUUCCUUUCACUCUACACACUACAGGCGCCUCUCCUGCUGUGUCAUGCCAGCAGAUUAUUUCCAGCCGAACUUCUGAAAAGCAAACUGGAACCUACCAUCCUAUACAUAGGACAGAGAGUGAGAGAGAAACAGAAACAGGGAGCUGUGAGUGGUGGACCUCACGGCAGUUGGGACUGAGGGCUGAUGCAUCAACGUCACACUCUGGACACACCCUGCCUAUGACACCGUGUGGUACAGUGCAGAGCGGCGGACGAGAGGUGGUAGAAAGACGGUGAGAGUUUUGCAGGUUGAAUCAGGAAGUUAAACCCUUCACAUGGAAAUGCUGAAUCAGUGAAACUGCAUGAAAGCCCAGGAGAGGGUGGAAGAGGGUAAACAGCAGUGAGGGAGAGGGGAGAGAAGGGUAACGGCCAGGGUACUGUGGGUAAGAUGCACAGUAUAAUGCUUCGUCAUUCAUUUCCUGUCUUAUUGAAUGUGGAGCCGACAGUUUGCUCUGUUUUCCCUCAAGCUUUUCUUCUCUGUUGAGAGACGUUAAAUCUCAGGGCUGCUUUAGUCAACAGAAAUCUCAUAAAGGUUAAAGCCAGAACUACCUCUUUACAGUUUCCAGCACAGCAAAAAGGUAAGGUAAGGUUUCAAAAAAUCAAUAUCUCUGCUCGGUGUUGCUCUGUUCUCUUCAGUCAAUGCUGGAGCAACUGAUACAUCCCACUUAGUCAAAAAGAGAGGGAAAACAUGUGCUCUGAUUUCAUUUAACACCAGCGUAUCCUGAUAAAAAAAGAUACAGCUGAAGAAUGGGAUGAAAAUGCAACUCUUUUUGUGCCUGUGCUGCCCAAAACUAGAGUCUCUUUCACUGUUUCAUUGCCUCAGAUGGAGUUGGUGUGUUUGCCGAGGUUGCCUCGGGUUGCAGUUUGUGGUGGCACUCAUGGCAAUGAGUUGUCGGGGGUGUAUCUGGUGAGAGAGCUCCUGAGAGUACAGAGAGAGACAUCAGAGAAGGAAAAGGAGGAGGAGGACAAAAAGUCCAUGUCGGUGCUGACAGUUCUGGCAAAUCCAAAAGCCAUGCAGAGGUGCAGCAGAUACAUCGACACUGAUUUGAACCGUUGCUUCACCCACGCCAUCCUCAAGUAAGGCCGAAGACAAGAAAAGAUAAGAUAUGAAGAACUUAUUGAUCCCCAAAGGGAAAGUCAAUAAGUAAGAAGUGACUGUGUUUUAUCAUGACCUGCAAUCUGGUUUAUCUCUGUCUUUCAGUUCUCCCUUAUCAGACAAGCCUCCUUACGAGAUGGUCAGAUCCAGAGAUCUAAAUGCCUUGCUUGGACCCAAAGGAAGCUGUGAAGCUGUGGAUCUUGUUUGUGACCUCCACAACACCACUGCCAACAUGGGUCUGUGCUUCAUCUCGUACUCCGACUGUGACUGGAUCUGCCUGCACAUAUUUAGACAUCUGCAGGCAAGUACUUGCACCAACCCAUCUUGUAUUAAUACAGCCUAUCCAGGUCAGGGUUACUGACACUCUGAUUAACUAGUUCCACCUUGUAUGAUGGAAAUACUCUUUGGAAUCUGCUCCAAUUUAAAAUUAACACAAGAAAAUGAUAAGCACUCAGUCAAGAAUCACUUCUCCAUCCCCCAGUUGCACUGAUAUCCUGGCGCUUUGCCUUAAUAACUAGUUACAAAGCCUACCAAACAGACCUUAUAGCAUCCCUACCUUCGAUAGACCCAGGCUCUGUCUGUACUUCAGACAUUGUCAUUGCUGAUACUUCAGAUCAGGGCAACACUAGACUGUAGAGGUGUUAAUUGGGAUGCUCCCUUUACUGCAACACCAAGGAAGACUUGACAGUGAGCUCCAACAUUACAUCAAACAAGUAAGAUUGAGAUUAUUACUGUAUGUGAGCAAUUGGUAGGGAUCAAAAUAAUGACACUUCGGUGGUGUAGGACUUGGAGAUCCUCAGGGCUCUAUUCUCGGGCCUCUUGCCCGUUUCCUGUAUACAGUCUCACUUUGGUCCUUGCAUUUGGAAGCACUGCACUAUCUUUAAUUGUUUCGCCAGACUCAGUUUUUACUGGCUGUUCGGCAGUUUCCAGGAAGUCAAAAACUAGAUGUCACUAGAUUUAUUGAUAUUGCUCAAACUUUAACAACAGAUGGUUUCUUUUCGACUCUCUGGUACCUGCCGAGUUCCUGUGUGGGAAAGCUUGGCCCAUGAUAAUCUACAAUUAAAUUCAGUAUUUUUUAGUAAUGUUCUUGUCACAUAAAGAUUUAGAGAUCACGUAGUCCUCCAUACUUGCCGAACUUCUCUUGUGCCCUUUCAUUUUCAAAGCGCUGACUUUCAAACAUGCUUAAAUUAUUUUAUAACACAAAUUUACAUGGUUGUUUUUAUUCCCCCCCUGAACCGACCGUUGCUCACGAGUCCAAAUGAUUUUACUCAUAAAGUUGACUUUGUUUUCUUUUGCCUGUGUUUGAACGUUGAACAGCUCUUGUUUGAAAUGUACUGUACACAAUUUAAUUCAUUUGACUUAAUGUGACUAGACUCAACCAUGCUAGAAAUCUGAAGUUAAGCCUGUGUCACUUCAGAGGCAGAUGCCAGAAAUAUCAAUGAGGUACAUCCAUUUUGAUGUCUCCAAUAGAGAGUCAUAUUCCCUUGAUUCAAUAGGGAAACACGGCUUUGGUAAGUUUGUUUUUCUUAAAUGACAACUGGUUAUUGAAAGGCAUCUGAAAGCCUGACAGUCUGUCAUGGUUGUCAUAUAUGAUUGUUUUUCUACAGCCAUAGAGAUUGGCCCUCAACCCCAUGGUGUGGUGAGGUCAAACAUCUAUACAACGAUGAAAUCAGGGGUGCAACACAUGCUGGAUUGGGUCCAUUUCUUCAACUCAGGUAGACACACAGUGUUGCUGCUUUGCUAUGCUAUUACAAAAUUUUCAAGCCCUUCAGGAGCGUUUUACGCUCAGGUGUUCUUGUAUUUUAAAAGGUACUACAUUUGAAGGAGGACUCGUGGAGGUGUUUACAAUGGUUAAAAACAUCGACUAUCCAAGAGACUGCGUUACAUGCAGCAUCACAGCAGCCAUUCAUCCUAAGCUCCAGGUACAGUAGGUGCUUUAAUGCUUUCAUAAAAGAUGACACUCUUUUGCUAAAUUAAGUAAAGCAUUAUUUUAACACUCUAAGAAUUAAAUCAAGGAGUAACAAGGCACUUAAUCAGGACACUAAGUAUCACACAGAGUAGGACAGGUCAGCACAAAUUACAUGAUUCGACUUUUUGUUCACAUGUAUUUUACCGUACACCAGACGAUUCAUACCGAGCAUUUUGUAUGUAUCAUUGUCUAGUGUUGAGAAAUAUUGAAUUUGUUUAAGUGGUGUCUUUCCUUGUAUUAAUCAACCAUUAACAAAGCUGGUGUUCACAAUACAGGGUGGUGCCUUUUCCUGAGAUGGCUCCAUACCAAAGACAUAAUAAAGUCUGUGACGUCCGCAACAUGGUUUACAUUCCAUUUGAAAUCUGCUGUGCUUAUUUAACCCUGAAGGCAUCCAGUCAGUAAUUAAAAAAAAAACUGCACUGAAUGCCAUAUAUUAUUAUAUGACACUUGUGAAUCCUGUGACACAGCAGCUCUAACCCUAACCCUAACCCAACUGAACAUUGAAGAAAUACUACAAGCAAUACUAUAAGCACUUUAAUGUGCUUGUAUCGGCAGACUUUGAGUGUCAAAACUUUUGUAAAUUACUUGAUACUGUCCCCAAGAACCCUGAAGAUGUCUUAGAAUAGAAUUCGUUAAUGUAGUUAACCCAUUACAUUCAGGGCGUCUCAUACUGAUGCUAUCAAAUGAUUUAAGUUUACAGAUUAACGGAGCAAAGAAUUAUCAAAAUUAAUUCGCACUCUUAAACAAAUUACUAAAAAUGAUCAGAUUAUGAAGGCAAGCGCAUCUAUGUUGCGGUCACUCUUGUAAAAAUGUCACAAAUCACAAGGCUGAAUGAAACAAAAAAAAUGCAAAACAUCGUCACACAAUCACGCCAUCUUGGAACAUGAUGAAAUAGUUGGAAAGAAUAAUAGAAACAGUUCCAUUGACAGAUCAGACGUGGUGAUAGUGCACUUGAAUGGUACCCUACCCAGCAUUGAAAGGCAGCUUUCCUUUACAUAACUUGCAUUGUAAAUUUAACUAAAGCAUUUCUAUUCAUUCUGUCAGACAGCUGCUCCUUUUAAUCCGUGGUUAUGUUUGCAGAGGCGGUUUAAAGGUGUUGGUCAACAAUGCUUUGAGUGACAGAGUAUUUUCUGUAUAAGAUCAGCCUUUUUUUAUCAGUUCAUCUGUGAUGAUGACUAACCUGAAAGAAAAUGAAUUAUGUAACAAACUGAAAGCACAGAAUAAACGUAUGCCUUUAUACCACUAGUACUGGAGACAAAAAAAACUUGUUAGUUUGAAGCACAUUAUAAAGAACUGUAUCAAAGUGUUAAAGUGAAAAGUUUCCAAAAGUCAUGAGACAUAAAUUUGAAGGAUAUCUUAAACUAUGUGACUGAGUCUUGGGGCUCAAGGAAAUGGGUUGAGUAUUUUGUAACAAAAGGCUACUAUGACUUUAAAAACCUUGAGCUUGACUUAAUGAACCAAUCUUCCCUAAAGCAAACAAGUAGAACCUGUUUAACCAUUUAAAGGAUUUUCAAAUAUCAAAGUCACUCCAUAAUGUUAAAUCCAAACAGACUCUUACUCUGUUCACAGUUAUACUCGUAUUUCAGCCUAAGACCUUCACAGAACAUUAUGUUUGACACAUUUAUGGCAUAAAAGGCAAGUUAUAAUGAAAUCCCAAAAUGUCAACACAAAGACUGAACUGAUGGUUUGACUUUUGAAAAUACAAAGUCUCUUGAAUUAAAGAGCGGGGUGUAAAAGACUUUAGAGGUAGAGUAAAAAUAACAUGAAAACCUCUGGUCUACAUAAUAUUCUGUAUAAUUGGCCCCAGUUAGCAGUGAAUUCAUGCAGUUUUGUUACCCUUACCCCUGUUAGCAGCAGUUUGUUUAACAUUUAAAAGCAGAUUAAAGAUUCCAGGUCUAUCGGCUCUUUUAUAUUAACUGAAUAGAAAUGUAAUAUGUUGCUGCCUUUUUAAAAAAAUUCUUGUUCAAAGCCACAUCAACCAAACAAUUAAGAUUCCCAGUAUGUCCAACUUUUUUUAAAACUUUCUAAUCUUUAUGUGAAGUGUUGGCAAAAAUCUAAUUCUUUGUCUUUUCAUCACCCCAGGACAGAGACUUCUGCCUGCUUCAUCCUGGAGACCCGAUGUUUCAGACUUUCUCAGGUGAAACACUGAGGUAUAAAGGGAAAGAAGCGCUUUAUCCUUUUUUCAUCAACGAAUGUGCAUAUUAUGAAAAGGGCAUUGCCCUCUCCUUGGCAAGAAAAAAGCAUGUGAUGAUUCCUACAGUCAGGGUGCAAACUGAGCAGGAAGAACAAGCCAACAAACUGGGAUUUGCAUCCGAAGAAGAGGAAUGAGGACGCAUGUUGAAAAAACAGGACGUGAUGACAGUAAUCAAUGCCCAUAAUGAGACUUGAAUGUCUGUAAAAUAAAUUUUACAAAAAGCUUUUAUUGAAAUGACAGCUGAUGCUUGAACAAAUCAUGAGUACACACACGUGCACACACACAUCCUUACAUACAGUGCUUAAGUGUAAAAUUCCAGGUCCACAAAAUCCACAAAUAAUUCACUGUUGAUUCACAAAAGCACAGUCAUACAGUGUCUGAUGUUAUAUUUAUGCUCUAAUGGGUUUAUGGAUCGAACAGUUUUAAAUCAAAGGCUGAAUACGGAAAUUACAAUCUGAUUUACAGUAAGAACCAUUACACACACACACACGCGCACACACAUACACACAGAGUGCAUUUAAUAUUUCAUAUUCCUCACUUCUUAGACUGUGACAGCUGGAACUUCAUUUGUUCUGCAGACUGAAGCAUGGCUUUUAGGGUUAAAAUGAUUCUUAUCUAAACGCGUUUCGAUUUCAUUUCAUAAAUACUGUCAAAAAUAGAAAGUCACUACUGACUACUACAGUAAUGUUCAGGAUAUGCUCGUCAAUAUUUUCAGUGCAAAGGAAUAAGGAAGUUUAUCAUCAUAUGGCCUUAAAGUUACAUUCAUAAUGCCUUUCAGGGAAGUGCUGUUUCCCUUAAAUCCUGUGAAAUUUUUUUUUGAGGACACCACUUAAUAAUUAUAAGGGGAACUAAUUGAACAAAUAAUGCUAAAUAUAAGUAAACAAACAAAAGGAUGAGGGGAAACAUUUAUACAAUGAAACACAAAUGAAGUAAAAAAAAAAUUACUACAAAAGUCUACAAAAGUUAAUCAAAAUGUUGAAAAUAUCUAAACAUGGCUGAGAAAGUAAAGCAAAGGGUGAACAAAAAUAUAAUAAAAGCCAAGAUUAAAUAAAUAAAUAAAUAGAUAAAUAAAUGAAUAAAUAAGUGCUGCUUUAAAAAGGGUAGGUCUUAAGUUGUACAAGUAUAAAUAGUAAAUCCCUCUCCCUCUGUACUCUUUACUGGCUCUUCUUGCCUUAAAGAAGUAAAAGACAAGCUACAGCUACAGAUGGCUUUCUACUGAGACAAUGAAUAUCUUAUUGUGGCUUCUUUGUGUUGCUGCACCUCCAUGGAUACAAGUUCAGGGUGUGUCGAGUACACCUCUCUGUUGUGGUAAUGUGUUUUUGAUUUGUGCACAAAAGGGACAUGUCACCACACCCAAAGGUGAAUCUGUGGUUUGAAGGUAAAAUUGAAAAGAAUUGUUCAUAUGAAUUGUUAUAAUCAACCUCACGGCUCUGGUUGUUGAACCUGUUUGGCUUAUAAACGAUUACUAAAUUUUCCAUGAUAAAAAAGAGAGGCUUACCUUUGGAUAAAUAAAAAAAACUUGUUUGGUCUUGUGUAACUUUCUAGUGUCCAGUCCUGACAAACUUUUUUGGCAAUGCUGAUGUAUUCCUAAAUGUCAGCAAUGAACUAAAAGAACUGCAGUUUUCCUGUUAUACACCAUUUCUGCAACACAAACACAUUACUUAUUCAGAAUGGCAAAGGAAUUUAUGCAUAACAUGAACUGUUACCCAGAACCAAACAUAUGCUGCGACAUCAUCUCUUUUGACCUUCCACAAACCAAUUCCAUGAACUCUCCUUAAUCUUUUGAUGCAACAGAUAGUGCCUGCACUUUAAUCCAUCAGAGGGCAAAACGCACAGAUUAACCCACAUCUCAUUCCUCUGAGAUCAUAAUAAAAAGCAUCUUGGUGUCGUAGUGGUGUAUGAAUGAAGCAGGGCAGAGAUUUACAGCUGAAUCUCUGUCUAUGCCACCCUGUAGGCAGUCAUGCGGUAGUAGUUCUGACUAUGGCUGCGGGCCGCCCACACCAGCAAGGCAGCGGCCAUCAUGUGGAGCGGGGAGGAGAUGAGGGCCAAGUAGAGAGACCAGCCUAGGGAGCCAUCCACCUUAUCAGGCAGCAUUGACACCCUGUGGAGAAGGUCCAUCCCAGCCAGGUAGCAGCACACUGUGGCUAAGGUGCAGAGACCUGCAGAGCAACAUAGUUGCACAUGAGGAAGAUUGGAGUUAAAUGCAUCAUAAAAUAUCACCAUUGCAUCAUGGCAUAAAAUGUUUUUUUUUCAAGCCAUUGAAAACAAAAUCCUUUUUUGGGUGCUUUAUAAACCACCGGUAUGAUCAAAUUAGCCACUUGACAAAUGGUCUUAAGGUGCUGAAUGGGGUCUUACCAGCCAGCAGGUGAAGAACUCCUAUCCCCAGUGUGGGGGUGAGGCUUCGGCAGAGGCAGGCACAAAACCCAAUCAGGCCGGCCAACACCACUAGACCCAGGGACACCAGCGGCAGCACAAACUGGCACCUCCAUAAGUCUAUUCAUACAUGCACCAGGACACAAAAGUUUAAGUCUCAGUCACCUACUUCUGCCUUACAAAGGAAACUGUUUAUAUAUGAUAUCCAUGCAUUUGACAGAAAAGAGGCUCAGCCUGUUAUAGAUUUUUGUACAACUAUCAGAAUGAAAAUAUUAAAUAAGAGAAAACUUGUUGUGACUUGACUUACAUGUGCGCAGCAUGUCCUCUCCACUGUUGUGGUUUCCUGGUUCUUUGUAUUUGGGAGUGAACUGCUGAGGUAGACUGAAGCUUCGACACUCCAGCACCAAUUUUGCAUCUGAAAAACGCACAUUACGCAUUGUAUCAUUAGAACAGAAAAUAAUCUCAAGUAGGAACACAGACAAAACUUAUUCAUUCUAACAGACUGUGUUUUACACACCGGUGCAACAUCUUUCCAUUUUUAAGCCGACAGACUGGUUGAGUAUUACCGGUCUUGCUGGCACAGUAGGAUAUCACUUGCACUCCCAAAUGACACCUGCUCAUAUAGAGACAAUUUUAAGAAGAAGUAGGCCAAAACUGGAUGCUUAAGCAAUUUGUAUUCGGAGCCUCUCUUUAUCUGACUACAUGUCCACUGAGAUUAUUUUUAUGAGCCUUCUCUGGAUGUUGAUAUUAAGAUUUUAGGUGCGCUCCAUGUCACCCCUACAUAAGUCAGUGUCCCAGUAGGACCACCUCGAAAUGACUUUGCAAACUACUGUCAGACAUAUGUUAAGUUAUGUAUCACAGGACACUAAGCAAGUGAUCAGAUACUGACACUGAAAAUAAUAAGCUGCUGGAGGCUGAAUGCAUGCCAUUCAUUGGUGUCAAAUAAAGGCACAGCCUGAGAAUGACUUAGUUGAUGUUAACUAUUUCUGUGAUCAAUAAAUCUACAGGAUGACAGAUCUGUAACAGGUCAAAGUCACAGUCACACAGUACAGCUAGCAGCACCAGCAGCCCAAGGGUAAUAAAUUCCUGCUUAUCUGCUCCUGCCUGGGUGAGCCACACCUGAUGGCAUCUACCUGAGAACAGGUGGGGCUCAUUCUCAAUCGCUUGAAAACACAACCCAUGACUCAGCAGUCGGUUCUGAUCACAAACAAUGUAAUUGGACUGAUUAGAUAAUUGUAAAAACAUACCUGUCUCUUUGAACCAGUUACCACUGGAAGGGACGAGAACACACCGCCACCAAAGGCCCACAGUCCCGUUGAGGCGGAACAGGGUGUCGCUGUAGGUUUUCUCAUCAAACUCCCCAUCCAUGAACUCCUCGUACAGGGAGCGCAGCUCGGACACGUUGGCCUCCCCGCGCACGGUGGGGCUGCUGUACUGAUACCAGUGCUGCGUCCCGAUGGCCACGGACAGAUACACAGUGGCCAGUAUGCUCAGCACGCAGGCGAUGACCAGAGCCGUAGCGUAGCGGUUAUCGACCAUUGUUCACCGAGUCUGAGACACGUCAAAGGGGAUUAAGCUGAUGCAAGUGGUCGAAUUGUCAAGCAUUAAUUUAGUCAGAACGCGAUGGGUCUCGUCUUAAAAUCUCCUCAAAGUCACUCCAACAUUGUAAUCUCUAAAAAAAAAAAAUACAGACUGAAGCACAAGGGAGAGAGAAAGCAACCAAUUCUAAUGAUCGAUACUCAUCUACAAUAUGUCCCAACAGAAAGCGUCAGCAGCCCUGCAGGCCGGCUUGGGUGCGCCAUCUGUUCCCUUGUCCCACUUCCACAGAUGGUGGGUGACCACCAGACGCUGCGGAAGAAAUCCCUCUAUAAACCCCACUCCCGCUCCUAAAAAGACAGGGAAAAGGCUGUACUUUUGAGAUGCGAUCUCCUCUGGUGACAAUCGGCUUGUAAAAGAAAAUUCGGCUGUGGUUCUGUUUCCUUGGGAGGCAGGCUAACGCCGGUUGCACACGGGAUGAUGCGAGUUGUAAACACACUAAUCCAUGCGGUUUCCGUUUCCGGUUGGGCUGAUAAUGAGAUGUAUAUAUGUGUGUAUGAUCACCCUUUCUCGGCCUGCUCUCUGUUUUAUAUGCAAAAGAGCAGGGAAUAACUAAGGCAUGGUAUUGUGAGAAAAUUGGAAGCAGGGUAGCAUUGUCAUGAAUAAAUCGACAACAAUAAAAAAAAGGACUUCUUGCCAACUUCAGUUCUGAAAAGAAAUGCUCAUUAGUUAAGAUUCAAGGAUGAUUUUAUUGUCAAUUUCUGUCAUAGCCUAGGUAAGAACACAGAGGCCUACACACACACACACACACACACACACACACAGAUGUAUCAUGCUAUAGAAAAAUGUUCUUUUCUAUAUAAAUGUAUACACACACACACACGUACACAUGCAUACCUAGCGACCACAAAAAGUCGUGCUGUCCACAUUUACACAUGACCUUAAGUGCGGGUGGUGCAUGCAAUCUGCAGUAUUGUGUUGAUACAAAGAGCAUGUAAACAGUGGAGUUGUGGCUCAAAGAGAGAGAAAAAAACAGUACAAAGAACCAGGUAAUUCUGUAACAGCAUGACAGUUUUUAGAUUAAAAAAACAUAGUAAUAAAAAUAAUAAUAACAACAACAACAAUUAUAAUAAUAAUAAUAAUAGUUGACAGGAUUAUUCCGGACAUUGUCUGUAGUUAAUUGAGUGAUAUAGCAGGUAGCUCCCAUAAACAAAUCAUGCGUUCAAGUUAACUCAGAAGUCAGCUGUCGGAGCUGAAAAUGACGUCACAACUGAGUCACCAGCGUUUCAGACUGUGUCCAAAAUGGACACAUGGGGGGUGUCCGAAACCUGAGUGAUCAAUUCUAAUGCCCCAUAUAGGCAACUCAAAAUUUCCCAUAGAGCAUUGCAAAAUGUAGUGACCAUCCGAUGGUCACUCACCGGUGGUGGGCAUCCCGUUAUGCAUUGCGUCUUGCCAUGUACAUUGCCACGUAGUGUCCGAAACCUCCAGUGAUUGAGCUUACUACAUUGUCAGCUAUAUAGUGAAACCCCAUAAUAAGGAUAAGGCAAGCGCUAAAAUAACUUUUGUAGAUUUUGCUUUUUUCCGACUUGGUAACUGAAACGCUGGUAACUCGGGUGUGACAUCAUUUUCAGCUCUGAAAUCUGACUUCUGAGGUAACCAUCUAGCACCCACAAACCCACUCUUUAUCAAUAAACAGUUUCUCAAACUUGAAGCACACCAGACUUGAUUCAUUUCAUCAGUUGAUCUCAGUCUUCAGACAGCUGAUUGGUCAGACUGCGUGCUCUUGAUUGGUUGGAAGAAAAACCUGCAGCCACACCGGUCCUUUAUGGAAAAGUUUGGACAGGCCUGCUCUAGGUUGAACCACCGGCUUUUGAAACACACUUGAGAUGGCUGCAGUGUCCCAGUCCGUUUGUCUGAAAAUUCGGGGCUCAAAACUGAAAAGAAAGAAAGCUGAGGAACACCGCUAAGUCCAUUUCAAAAGAAAGGUGAGUAAACUCAUACCUACAGUUAAAGAAUAAUUUACGCAAACUGUCUUUCCUAGACGUUCAUAAUCAGUACGGGACAGAUGGGAUCUCAUGAACAUAUGUUCAAGCAAACAGAAGCAUCCACAUGGUCUCUGGUACUUCCCUACUUCAUGGACCUGCCCAUUCAGCAACACCUAUCGUGGUGCACUCUAGGAACCUACACCAUAGCAAUUUCCAUUGCGGUAAGUACCUGUAGUUUGCCAUCAUUUCUUAUUGUCCAGUUUCAUAAGAACCACAUCUUCUGGGUUCAGUACCAGGGGGCUUAUUUAUCAACCGUGCAUACGUACAGAUGUGUGCGUGAUGAGUGCAUACGAACAUACCUACGCAAAGUCUGGAAUUUAUCAACCUGUGCUUGUGCUUGGUAAUGUGAAAUUUGAGCAUAUUAAAUUUAAGCACAACUCUGACCAUGCAUACACACAAAACCUAGUGGUAGAACAGUGAAACUACAAAUAGAACCCAUUAAAGGAGUCACAGCGUUCAGCAAUCUCAAACUUCACAUGUUACUGUUGCCUCUAAUUAAUAAAAUUGAUCAAUUAGUUAUUUAGCAGACAUUUUGAAUGAUUGGUGUGACAAGCCAUAAAAAUCAGCUGUGACAGGACAACCUCAAAAGAAGUCUUACAAGUACAAAUACAAGUAUCAUGGUUUGUUUUGCGCUACUGGUGGACUUGGAGAACCAUAUGCUCCGUCGGGAGCGCGUUUUCAAAGACCGUGCUGAUUGGUUCAGUGAGAACACAGAGUGGAUUCUCAGCAGGUAGCUACUGCUUCCCCAAAAACAUUUGAUUGGAUUUAUGCCGUGAUUUACAGCCCGUGUUGGAGCGAGAGACAAAACGCACCAAAGCCAUCCCACUGCACAUCCUGGGAUUUUUGCUCACCGGAACAUUUCAGCCUGAGAUUGGAGACAUUUCCCAGCCAAAGCUAAGCAGAAUCAUGCCGGCAAAAUUGGAUGCAAUCAUUUCACUGGCCUCAAUUUACAUCCAGUUCCCAAACACACAUCACCAACGAGGAGGAAUUCAGUUUUGUCAACAGGAAAGGAUUUCAUUCAAUCAAUGCACAAAUAAUCUGUGAUGCACAUUUGUAUCUGUUAAAUGUUGUGACUGGAAGAACGCACAACUCCAUUCUGCAUUACAGCUCUGUGAGUGUGCACCUCCAUGAUUUCGACGCAUUUUUAAAGGGAUUGUUGAUACCGAAAAUGGUCAAUUGGAGGUGUUUCUGAAUGCAAAUGACCUGAACUAUGCACGAGCACGGUAGUAAAGAACAGGUGGGAUUUAUCAUCACCAAUUAUAUACGAGUGUGCGUACAACUGGUGUCCACAUGUUUGAUAAAUACACAUUUUUUUUGCACUUGGGCACAUUCUAAAUUUUAGUCCUACGCCAGAAUUUAGAACCUUUUCUUUGCACGGUUGAUAAAUGAGGCCCCACAAGACUCCUCACACCAUUCCAGCAGUUGUAGUGGAAUGCUUGUCUCUGCUCGGCAGCUGCAUCUUCUCCAUACCAGAGGUCCGUUUCACGUAGCAGGUUUAAUGGAAACUCAGAGUCUGUUAACCCUGAAAUCAGGGAAACUCUGAGUUUUCCGUUUCACAAAGGAGGGUCAGUCAAACCAGAGAGAGAGGGGUAACUCUAACCUGUUUCACAAAGAGAGGUAACUCAACCUUGCGGUCAGUUACCAUAGUAACAGACUCCGUGAACCUAACCUGGUCGGGACCUGAGGCCUGUACUACGAAGCUGGAUUUGGUCUUAGCGAGAUAAGCUCUGGAUAACUUCUGGGUUUUCCGUACUACGGAGGUGGAUCCCUUUUUAUCCGGGUCCGUUGCCCCGGUAACUUACGCGGAACGCCAAACCUGCUCUCUUUCAGUCACACACUCCUUUUGAUUUCCUCAUUUAGGGAACGCGCACCGCCAGCCAACGAAUUUUGAACUGCUGAUUUAAGUCAUCCUGGUCAUCGGCACAGUAGCUACUCCAUUCUACGACCAUGGCGUGUCCUUUUCUUGGAGAUCCCAUUGAUGAAGGAGCAGCGAUCCUGCGCAGGGAAUUAAAUAUUCAUCGGGAGAUCGUUUUUAGACUGCAAACAUUUUAGCCCUCCUGGACAAUUUUCUUUUUGAGCAGUAUCAUUUUUCAUCUUAAUCCAAAAUUAUAUAUUUACAACCUCAUCCGUCCACACAUUUCAAACAUCACCGGUCGCAGUCAUGUGCUCACAUCACAGCAGAUACUAUGUGUUGCGCUGCGUUAUUUCGCCAACGGGAGUUUUUUGCAUAACGUCGGAGAUGCCGAGCAGUCAGAGCCGCAAUCUGCCAUAAUCACUUUUGAGUUUUAAGCACCCCCAGAAAUAAAAAAAAAAAAUGAAGCGCAUUUCAGUUGGUUUUCUUUAUUUCCUACAAAUCCAAAAGCCAGUUAAGUUAAUGUUCUAAUAGUUCACAUCAUUGACAUAAAUGACAUGUGACCAUGCACCCACCUUUAACUUGUGCUCCAGUAUUUCUAUUUCUAGAUCCGCUUUCUUUAUCUGGCGGUCCAGGAAUAGCAUCUCUUUGUCAGUUUUCUGGAUUUUCUUUAUGAGAUGCAUUUUCUAUAUGUCUUUUACUGGUAGCUGGGAAUACAUAAGAUGUAUUUAUAUAUUUCAUUCUGUCUCAUUUGUCCUCCAUAUGUAACAACCAUUUACAUUUUUGUUUUGUUUUGUAAAUAUUGUAUUCCGCGAUAUGGGCAACUGUAAUAUGUCUACAUUUCUUUUGUUGUCGUUUUUGUCCCAUUUGUCUGCAAUGUCACAAAAUCUCUAGUUCAUUUUGUGGAGUUUUUUCACUAAUGUGGACUUGAAACACUACGAUAACUGUUUGACCAGCACUUUCAUAAUAUCUUGGUAAUGAUUGUGUAGAUUCUCAACAUUUAUAUGACUCAGAGCAAAGAAGAAUGACAUGAUAGCAAUAUCUAAGCUGAUAUCUAAUUUUCUUACAAUUUUUUUCUUUAUAUUUGAGAAUUACAACUGAUACUACACUCUGUACAUGCGCAUCCACAUAAGCUAGAUGUUGGAUUUUCAGAUACUUAUCUCUCAGACUGUGUUGGUAUUGAAUAGACAAAUCUCAGAAUAAACAGAGUGACAGAGUAAACUAUGCGCCACUCCCA